AUGCACGAUCCCUUUCCUAUAGGUCCGCCGCCAUGGCUUAGCAAGGCCGUACAACCAUUCGCAGACACAUUUCAUCUGACUACACUCCCUAUGCACAUCCACCAAGUCCUCGGCAGCUUCAUUUUCUACUAUUUCAUCAAUCUAGUUGUUGCACCCAUCGCUUCUCGCAAACUAUUCCCAGCCAAGUAUGCAAAGCUGUCUCCGGAGCGGAAGAUUAACUGGGACGUCCAUGUGGUAUCGCUGGUCCAAAGUACUCUUGUCAAUUCCCUCGCACUUUAUGUGAUGUGGAAAGAUGAGGAGCGCAAGGCCAUGGACUGGCAGCAGCGAGUCUGGGGCUAUACCGGAGCAGCUGGAAUGAUACAGGGCUUGGCCAGCGGGUACUUUCUCUGGGACUUGGUGAUUACCCUUCAGAACGUGCGGCUAUUCGGACCCGGCAUGCUUGCCCACGCCUUUUGCGCUCUCGUAGUAUUUUCUUUUGGAUUCAGACCUUUCGUUAACUUCUACGGCUGCACAUUCAUCCUCUACGAGCUAUCCUCUCCUUUCCUCAAUUUCCACUGGUUCUUUGACAAACUCGACAUGACUGGAUCUCGCGCCCAACUUUACAACGGAAUAGCACUUCUAGUGACAUUUUUCGGCUGCCGUCUUGUGUGGGGUACAUACCAGUCCGUUCGAGUGUACCAGGAUGUUUGGGCUGCUAUCCACCACAAGCCAGCCGCUGCAAGCAUCCACUUUGAUGCCCUGAACAACAGCACCAACGCGGCAGCAGAUGCCGCAGCAGGACACAGCGCAGCUCCUAUCCACGGAGAUAUUAUGCGAUUCGCCGGCGAAGAGUUUGUUCCGUUGUGGCUCGGCUUCACAUACCUAGGAAGCAAUAUCAUACUCAACACACUCAAUUUCUACUGGUUUGGAAAGAUGAUCGAGACUGUCAGGAAGAGGUUCCAGCCGCCAAAGGAGGAGAGGAAGAAGAUGAAGGCUACGACUACAGCUUCGAAGAGUACGGGCGCCAAUGGAAAGGUCAGGGUCGAUCUUGAUGAGACUGAGGUACGCAGACGGAAUGUUGUGGGUGAGCCUUUCCCAGCAGUGACAUAA